GAAACCUGUGCAAAGAAGUUCCUGUUUAGGCUAGGCCUACGAGCUAAGCUAUUUCCUAUUCUUGUCGUGUACAGCUGAUACCCAGCCAUCAGCGCUGUCUCCUUCAAAAACACACCAUUUGCUUUGGUCUUAAAGCUGAGUGUUUCACAUAUGUCUAACUGACAGAAAAUCUUUUUGGAUUUGCCCCAAGAAUGGCAAAUCAACUGAAAGAAAGUGCUUUGCCAGUUGAACUGCAAGCUAAAAAUGUGAUCAGUCCUGCCUAUAUCAUCUCCCCUUCCAUGAAUGGAGAGGUGAAAACCGUGUCUGGCGGUACAGUUGGAACUAAUGCUGCUGCCAAGGACCAGCCUUGUGUCGUGAUCUCGGAACAACCCCAGCAAAGAGGUUUCCGCUUCCGUUACGAAUGCGAAGGUCCUAGUCAUGGUGGACUGCAAGGCACUAAGAGUGAAAGAAGCAAGAAAUCCUACCCAGCUAUAAAGAUUGAAAACUACACUGGGGCAGCAAGGGUUGUUGUUAGUUUAGUAACAGAUGAAAAAAGUCCUCGAGCCCAUGCUCAUAAGCUUGUGGGAACGAACUGCAAGGACGGGCUAUGCACAGUGGAAAUCAAGGCAAACACAGACCCUAUCAUUUUCCCCAAUCUGUGUAUCUUACACGUGACUCGAAAGAAAUUGAUAGAUGUCCUCACAGGACGGAUUCUGGAUGCCAUCAAGCUGAAUAAAAAGCUGAAAGAGAACAACAUGAACUUUGAACCUCCGAUCACUGAUGAGGAUCGGCGACUGGCAAGAUCACAAGCAGAUGAGCAAUCUAAGAACAUGCAGCUGAAUGUGGUGCGGUUGUGCUUUCAAGUGUUUCUCCGAAAUCCCGACGGUUCCUUCAGUAAAAUGCUCACUCCCGUGGCCUCCCAACCCAUCUAUGAUAGCAAGUCCCCCGGAGCUUCAGCCUUAAAAAUAUGUCGCAUGGACAAGUAUGGAGGAUGCUGCUCGGGCAACGAGGAAGUUUUUCUGCUUUGUGAGAAGGUCCAGAAAGAUGACAUUCAAGUGAGGUUUGUGGAGCAGGCUCCAGAUGGAAGCGUCCGAUGGGAAGCCUACGGCAAUUUCGGGCCGUUAGACGUCCAUAGACAGUAUGCCAUUGUGUUCAAGACUCCUGCGUAUUACAACACCAAUAUCGACAAAGCUGUCAAUGUUCUCAUUAUGCUUCAGAGGAAAUCUGAUCAAGAAGUCAGUGAGCCCAAGGCAUUUACUUACUUUCCACAGAACAGAGAUAAGGACAACAUUGCCAGCAAGAAGAGGAAGCGGAUUCCACUUGACGGAUACGACUUCGGAGAUGGAGGGAUGGGAGGGUCUGGCAUGGGAGGUGAUGGCGGAGGUGGUGGGGACGAAGGAGGAACAGGCCCAGGGAGUGGCCCGGGAGGGGGAGGGGGCGGAGUCAUCGUUGGCGGUUUGACCAGUAACGGAACGAUCCACCCAGGCAGCAACAUCAUGAUGCAUCAGUCAAACACAGAAGCUGAUUCUGACAAAAGCCAUAUUCCCCAUAGUGUAAAGGAAGCUAUGGCGGAGGAGCUUGAGAAGAAACGACAAGCCCUGGACAAAGAGAGGCUGAAAAACAGUUCCAAGUUCUUGUGGGAGUACAGCCCUCAGGACCAGUUUUUCGGAUGUGAGGAUUCCGACAUCGAGGUGGAUGCUGCUGUUGUGCCAUUUAGUCCCACUACACAGUCAAAAUCUGUCUCUAGAGAUGACCCACUCUCUGUUUUGAAUGUGGAUUCAAAAGACGCUGGUGAUAAAAGUGAGAGAACGAGGGAUCAAGACAAGCCGUGUUGUGGGGACAAAAAGCUACCGUCCAACUCGUCGUACGAGCAGAUGGACUCUGGUCUAGUGUCGGGCGUCUCUGAAUGCAUUACAUCUAUAGAUGAGAAGCAUCUGACUAAGCCUACUACUCCCUGUGUUCCAAAGUCCUCCAGUUCGCCAUCCGUAGACUUCCACAAAGAGACAACAGACUGUGAUAAGAAAGUCAGCAAUUCUUCCUCGGCAUCUGAUUACCAUUCUGAGCCCGACACCAAAGUGGACAUUAUUUCGGAAGGUGUGAAAAGUGAUGAAGGUUUUUCUGAUACUUCUGAUGAUGCAAUGUUCAAAAGCCUCUUGAACUCCAGAAGGGUCAAGCAAGACACGAUUCAUGGUCACACAACCUGCACAGAGACCUUUGGACCAUACUCUAAGCUGACGGACACAGUGCGGCAGGUGGCAGGGCGUGUGACAGAGAGGACACUUGCUGCACUGGUGGACUACGCCGAGACUGGUGAUAUCCGACAUCUGCUGCUGGUGCAGAGACACCUGCUGGCGAUUAGCAAUGAGGAUGGGGAUCUUCCUCUUCAUCUAGCGGUCAUCAAUUCACAACCAGAUGCCCUGAAAAGCUUGCUGGAAGUGAUGAUCACACUGCCACAGUCCAGCCGUCAGGUCAACUCUUUCAAUUUACUGCGACAGACUCCGGCCCAUCUGGCCACGGUGAUGCAACAACACCCGAUGGUGGAGAUGCUGCUGCACGCGGGCGCUGACCCCACCCUGGCCGACCGCAACGGGAACACGCCGGCCCACCUGGCGGUCAUCAACCUGUCUCACCAGUGCCUCCAGUCCCUGGUCAAGUACCUGCGGCCAGACGCCACCCUGUGGAACCCUUUCCCGGAGCUCAACUAUUUGAACUAUGAUGGGUAUUCUCCAAUUCACCUGGCAUCUCAACUUGGCGACGUAAGCAUGCUGCGCACCCUCGUCUUUGGCAAGGCGGACGCGGACCUGCCAGACGGCAAGAGUGGGAAGACGGCACUUCAUCACGCAGUGGACAAUGAUGACUUGCCCGUGGCAGGGUAUUUGUUGAUGGAGGCCCAUGUGAACGUAAAUGCGAGAUGCUUUGACGGUAACACAGCCUUGCACGUGGCGUGUGCACGACAGCUGGUGGGCAUGGUGGCUUUGCUGGUGGCUGCAGGGGCCGACGUGGAAAUUGAGAACGAAGAAAUUCCCGAAAGUGAUGUGAACGCUGACGACUCGGGGAGCCGGGACAGGAGAGGACUGAGGCCGGUGGAUUAUGCUGACGAUAACGAUCAGGCAGGAGCUGGCAGUAUCAGCAUAUUCAUGGAGAGACAGUUACUAACUGAGGACGACAACCUUAUCAUGUUGAUUUAUUGUAGUAGUCUUUCCAUGAAUCAUGACCAUGUUGAUUAUUAUUUUUCUUUCAAGUCCUCCUCAGACCAAAAAAUAGCUAUUGUUAGAUUUGAAUAUUUCAACUCCCAUGUUUACAAAUUUGAUGUUCUUGAACUGGAAUAAGAUGUUGGGAUGAGGAAUGAGGAAGGUACCUUUUCAUAUUUUCAAAGGAUUCAGAGUUUAUAGUGAAAUAUUGACGGACAAUUAGGAAGGGCAGGUAUGGUCUUUGCUGGGUUCAUUGUGUUUCUGAACAGAUUAGCUGUUUGGUGGUCAUAGUCCACUGAAAAUGUACAGUUUAUCAUCUUCUAUAGGACGCAUGCACCGAUAAGGUGCAGGUAGACCCAAGAGCCAAAAUUUGUGUAUAGAUCAUAUGUUCAAUGGAUAAGGCGCACCAGUUUUCUCUGGGCAAGCACCAUCACCCGUAUCAUUGGGUGUUUCUGUAGGUAACCAAACCACACUUCAAAAUGAAAGAAAAAUACUUUUUAUAACCUAUUUUUUUCUUAGAUCUACAAAUAUAUGGUGCCUCUAGGAGCAGUCAUUUUAUUUCAAAAUGAUGAUGUCCUCGUGAUUAACGUCAAAAUAGGUCUCUGAUCUCGUCAUCGUUCAUAUCAAUUGCAUCCCCUCUGUCAUACAAGUCGCACACAUUUUGGUCUUUGAUCUCAUCUGUUACUUCAAGUGCACAGUCACUGCUCUAGCUUUCGUUCCUGAGACCCUCAUAGUUUGUUCCCUUGACCAUCACCCUCUCGGUUUAUUGGGUCUAAUUUUUUAUCUCAUGGAUCAGACACAAGACAACUUUGAAGACUUGAUGUUUAGGUAAAAAGCUGCAUUAUAUAUUCGAUAAUAUACAAUUACUCAUUGAUCCUGGAUCAGUCUUUCAUCAGGUUUAUCGUCAUAGAGAGUAGUUUGGGGUGGGUUUUUUUUGCAAACAUUAAAGACUCCUGCCAGAUACCAUAUUUUGAAACAGAGAAAAGACUAGGACUUAUAGACAUAGUGCACACAGCCAUUCCAAUUCAUUUGAUUGAGUUGGACCAGCCAGAUUUUUUUCUUUUUAGAGAGGCAAAAGCUACCAUUUUGGCACAAUGUGACCGAGUUCAACUAAAUUCGAUUAUGACCUUCAAAAUCAAAUGUGUCACGACGCGAUGGAAUCAGGCGCUGGUCAAUUUUUGGUUAUGUGGAGUUAUUGGUAUCAUCUUAUAACUUGUCUUGCUUUCUAUGAAUAAAAUAUCCAGUUUUCUUGAA